AUGAAUGACAUUUGCCUUUGUAUUGAUUUGGACGGAUUUCGUUUGGAGGAUGAUUUUAUUGUACGAGAAAUGGGUCGGUGUGACAAGUCGUGCCUUCACAUGGGAUUCCACCAUUAUUCGCACAACCGUAAAUGGUCGACCCUUAGCAAAAAAGAGCAAAGAACUGUCAUUUAUGUUCGGGACAUGGUGACUGGGUUAACAUUUAAACAAGACCGGUGGAAUUUCAAAGAGGGAGUAUUGGAUUACAAGCGUCCCUGGCCAAAGAUGUCUUUGCGCUGUGGGAGCGAUUCAAGACCCCAAAACAGUGUGUGGUAGUCUACAAGGGAGGAACAUUAGAAAAGAAACUUUUGAUUCAAUUACAGAUACCUUAUGUAAAUUUAGAAGAUUUUGGUUGUCCGAAAUUUGAAUAUUUACCAGACUAUUACUUUCAUUUCCGUUACUUUCAUUUUUCCGUUCAUUGCGGUUGUCAUUUAAAUAGUCGCUUUCAUUGUAGCAUGGCCGAGUGUCAUGGCUUUAUGCGUUGGUUCAAUAAAAACACACAGUAA